GUAGUUUAGACGCGUUUGACAGCGCGCGUUAAAAAGUAUUUCGCGGGAAUUAAGUCAGAAAAACAACACGCAGCAGCUCAAACAAGACAGUGAAUAGAGGACUGUGUCUGAAAAAACAUUUCAAAAUGAGUUUGUGGGUGGACAAAUACAGACCUACCUCUCUGGGGAAAUUGGACUACCACAAAGAGCAAGCAAAUCAGCUGAAAAACCUGGUCCAGUGUGGUGACUUCCCCCAUCUGUUGGUUUACGGGCCGUCUGGAGCAGGGAAGAAGACUCGUAUCAUGUGUCUGCUGAGAGAACUGUACGGCGCUGGGGUGGAGAAACUACGCAUAGAACACCAGACCAUCACGGCUCCCUCUAAGAAGAAGAUAGAGAUCAACACCAUAGCCAGUAACUACCACCUGGAGGUCAACCCGAGUGAUGCUGGUAACAGUGACCGUGUGGUCAUCCAGGAGCUGAUCAAGACUAUAGCCCAGUCUCAGCAGAUCCAGACCAGCACACAGAGAGAGUUCAAAGUUGUCCUGUUGACAGAGGUGGACCGCCUCACUAAGGAUGCCCAGCAUGCAUUGCGUCGUACCAUGGAGAAGUACAUGUCCACCUGCCGGCUCAUCCUCUGCUGUAAUGCCACCUCCAAGGUCAUUGGACCAAUCAGGAGCAGGUGUCUGGCCAUCAGGGUGCCCCUGCCCAGUACAGAGGAGGUGUGUAAUGUUCUGUCUACAGUGUGUAGGAAGGAGGGUCUGCUUCUCCCUGCUGAGUUGGCCAAACGGAUCUCAGAGAAGUCUGGACGCAAUCUCCGCAAAGCCCUGCUGAUGUGUGAGGCCUGCAGAGUGCAACAGUACCCGUUCUCAGCAGACCAGGACAUCCCAGAGACAGACUGGGAGGUUUACCUGAGAGAGACCGCCAACGCCAUCGUCAGCCAGCAGAGUCCUCAGAGGUUGUUAGAGGUGAGGGGCAGACUGUAUGAGCUGCUGACUCACUGUAUUCCUCCUGAGAUCAUCAUGAAGGGCCUGGUAACAGAGCUGCUAGGUAACUGUGAUGGCCAGCUGAAGGCAGAGGUGAUCCAAAUGGCAGCCCACUAUGAACACCGACUGCAGCAGGGCAGUAAGGUUAUCUACCACCUGGAGGCCUUCACCGCCAGGUUCAUGGCCAUCUAUAAGAAGUUCAUGGAGGACGGACUGGACGCCAUGAUGUUCUGAUCUAACUCUGCCUUAAUUCACACACUUGCUUUCUCCCUGUCCUUAAGCUUCGUCUUCAUCAUCCUUCUGGACGCCACGAUGCUCUCCCUCUCCCCCUCCCACUCCCUCUCCCCCUCCCACUCCCUCUCCCUCCCCCUGUUUCACACACACCUUGUAAUACAAGGCCCAGUCUUUGGUUGAUAUCAGUAAUUGAUUCUUCUGGAUAGUGCAACCUCUCGUACAUAUUGUCAUAUUGAACCCAUGCUGUAAAAUAAAAAUAAAAUAAAAAAAAGUUUCAACUUUUACUUUAAGCUA